UUGAAGGCGCUGACAGCACUCAGAGCGAGCAAUCCGCUUACAGAGCAUUGAAAUUAAACAUUCUCUGCCUUUCAGGCAAUUUCAGUUACAAAUCUGCUCACUACCCGACUCCUACAACCCGAAGGCCUACCGUGUCGUGUGGGUGUUUUCCGAGGAACCGGGAAGUCGGUGUCAGGGCGAAUAUUUCAAUUCUUUAUCUUGCUUUUUGUCUGGAAAGUGUUUAACACAGGGACAUAUUAUUUUGUAAACGGAGGAAUCCACUUCAGUAGACAUGUGCACGAGAGGAGACUACCGAAUUAACGUGUUAGUUACGGUGUUGAUGCUCUGCGCUUCUUCAACGGAGAUACAUGGUCAAGGUCUUUAUCCUGAGCAGAAGAAUGUGGGAAAGGAAGAGUUUGCCUUGGGGUCAGAGGGAGGACACAGCCCCUAUGUGCCCACCCACGACACAGAGAGAGAAGUCCACCUAGUCACCACCGCGUCUCCGCCCAACUUCCCCCACCAUCGCCCCCUCUUCGAGGGCUUCCUCCUCCACGAGACGUUGCUCACAAAGGACUUCAAGGGAGACCAGCGGUUCUUCGCAGAAGAUGGCGCCGUGGCAGGUUACCCAACGACACCCGCUCCUGCCUCUCACUUCCCAGGAGACGCCUCGACCCGGGUGGUGCCCCACGAGGACGCUCCCGCCUACUCCGACGUCGCCACCACCUCCGCUACCGUGGCGGCCACCCUUCCCAUGACCACCCUGGCCGCCUUCACUGUGGAGCCGCCGGUUUCCAUGGCGCACGCCGCGGGAGCUGAGGACCGUGGGAGGGCCUCUGAGAUGGAGGUCGUGGUGACCACCGACUCCUUGACCACGCCCGUCAUGCCGACCUCCGACCCCCCACCCCACAGAGACGGGUCGGCCCUUACCACGCCUGUGAGGGACGGGGCCCCUGUUCAGGAUACAGUCACCAUGGCAACCAGCCUCGCGCCUCAAGCCCUGACGACUUCAACGGGACAGGACAAAGAGGAAGUGCGUACGUCUGACGCAGCACACAACCCAGGCCAUGCCAGUGAGGUGACCACCACAGCCUCCUCCACCUCUUCCUCAGGGGACGUAGACGAGGAAACAACCACAACCACAAUCAUCACCACCACCAUCAUCACCACCAUGCAGAUGCCAGUUCCGUGCAACAUGAACUACACCAGUCCGAAUGGGUACAUUGAGACAGCCUGGUAUGACACCAGCGUGGACUGCACCUUCACUGUGACUGUGUACUUGGGAUAUGGAGUAGAGGUCCAGGUCCUGAACGUGAGCCUGUCGGAGGGGGAGACGGUUACGCUGGAGGACCUGGGGGGCCGCGAGCACUCCGUCCUGGCCAACGAGUCCAUCCUGAUGAAGGGGCUGGUGGUGCGAAGCUCCAGCAACCAGAUCUCUGUCCGUUUCCAGAGCGACCACCCGCAACCGGGCUCCUUCCUGCUGCGCUACCAGGCCUUCGUGUUGAGCUGUGCGUUCCCUCACCGGCCCGCCUAUGGGGACGUGUCGGUCACCAGCCUCCAUGCCGGGGGAGAGGCCUUCUUCUACUGCCUCACCGGAUACCAGCUGCAUGGCCCCUCCAGCCUCACCUGCCGCAACGCCACCACGCCCUACUGGAGCGGCAAGGAGCCCCAGUGCUUAGCCGCGUGCGGGGGAAUGGUCAAGAACGCCACGGUGGGGCGCAUCGUCUCUCCCGGUUUCCCUGGCAACUACAGCAACAACCUGACCUGCCACUGGGUGCUGGAGGCCCCUGAAGGACAGCGGCUGCACAUCCACUUCGAGAAGGUGGCCCUGGCAGAGGACGACGACCGGCUUCUCAUAAAGGACGGGAACAACAUUGACUCCCCGCCCGUCUACGACUCGUACGAGGUGGAGUACCUGCCCAACGAGGGCGUUGUCAGCACGGCCCGACACCUCUUCAUCGAGUUCACCACCGAUGGAGCUGGCACCUCCACCGGCGCCGCCGUCCGAUACGAAGCGUUCGCUCGGGGGAACUGCUACGAGCCCUUUGUGAAAUACGGCAACUUCACCAGCAGCGACAGCACAUAUUCUGUGGGCACUGUGGUGGAGUUCACCUGUGACCCCGGUUACACCCUGGAGCAGGGCUCCGUCAUCAUCGAGUGCAUGGACCCGGAGAACCCUCAGUGGAACGAGACGGAACCCGCCUGCAGAGCCGUCUGCAGUGGAGAGAUCACAGACUCGGCGGGAGUGAUCCUGUCCCCCAACUGGCCCGAGGCCUACGACAAAGGGCAGGACUGCAUCUGGGGCGUGCACGUGGAGGAGGACAAGAGAAUCAUGCUGGACAUCCAAGUGCUCCACGUGGGAAAGAACGACAUGCUGACCUUCUACGACGGCGACGACCUCACCGCCAACAUCCUGGGCCAGUACAGUGGCACACGCACCCGCUUCAAGCUCUACACUUCCAUGGCUGACGUCACCGUCCAGUUCCAGACCGACCCCGCCACCAACAUCUUCGGUUACCACAACGGCUUCGUGGUGCACUUUUUCGAGGUCCCCCGUAACGACACCUGUCCUGAGCUCCCGGAGAUCACCAGUGGGUGGAAGAGCACCUCGCACCCAGAGCUCAUCCACGGAACGGUGGUCACCUACCAGUGCUACCCCGGGUUUCAGCUGGUGGGCACAGAGAUCCUCAUGUGCCAGUGGGACCUGACAUGGAGCGGGGAUGUGCCCAGCUGUGAGAGGGUGACGUCGUGUCCAGACCCUGGGAACGUGGAGCACAGCCACAGGGUGAUAACCGGCUCCCAUUUCUCUGUGGGCUCCACGGUGCAGUACGUGUGUAACAAGGGCUACGCGCUAACCGGGGGCAGCCUGCUCUCCUGCUACAGCCGAGACUCGGCCAUCCCCAAGUGGAGCGAGAGGCUGCCCAAGUGUGUCCUGGAGACCUUCGAGCCAUGCAGGAACCCCGGGGUGCCUGCGUCCGGCACCCAAAGUGCAGAGAAGAGAUUUUACCAGGCGGGGGAGACACUGAGCUUCUCCUGCAACAGCGGCUAUGAGCUGCAGGGACAGCCCACCAUCCGCUGUGUCCCUGGCCACCCGUCACAGUGGAGCAGCCCGCCCCCUACCUGUAGAGCAUCCUCUUUGGUCUACUUAAAUGAACGCCGGCUGGAUGUGUCCAAUUCAGAAUUAAGCAUGGAGGGGACGAACAUCGCCAUCGCCGUCUUGAUACCUGCUGCCGUCGUCAUGUUGGUCAUCCUUGGGAUCUACCUCUAUUUCUCAAAGGUCCAGGGGAAAUCCUUCCGCCUGCCCACAUCCACCACUCCUCCGUACGACCACAUGACUGUGGAGUCCGCCUUCGACAAUCCCAUCUACGAGACCGGACAGCCUCGGCUGGCACUCUCUGAUUACUAAUGGCUGUGUCUGUCUGUCCCCCGCGACUGCACCUCACAAACAACACAGAGGAGACAAGAGAAUACGAAGUGUCCAUUUAGAGAGAUUCAGAACGAGGGAUAUUUGUCCUCUUUUUGCCUUGUGGGAAUUUUUCUGCACCUUCCAUCUCUCACGACUCCUUUGGCUAUUCCGGUUUCCUCCCUCCUUCCUCCUCUCUUCUCCUGGCUGCUGUAGAUACCCACACCUCCAGAGGACAUCUGCCAGCACUGCAAAGUGUGGACAACAUGGUGUUAUUUUUGUAGUGCUUCUGUAGUGAUGGCUUAGUUGCAGUCUUUGUACACUUUCAGUCGUGUGAUAGAGUCCAGCAGUUAAAAAUCUUAAAGGGAACAAAAUUACAUUUUAUUUAUUGUAUUACUUUAGUAACAUUGAUAAAUAACAUUAUACAGACAACAAUUUGUGAACUGGCCUCUAUCUGAAUAUAACACAAAUUAGCCCUUAAUCGCCGUGCGGCAAAUACAUUUAGGAAAUACGUUUGCCCUAGCAUGAUCGUAACAUUGUUCCAGUAGCUCAAGAAAGACACUUGGAUAAAAAUCUCUGUUAUGAUUACUACAACCUUCCUGUCACAACAUGGGAUGUCUGCAUGGAGUUCUUGACCUGACACAAUUGUAAAUAAACCAUUGAAGGUUUAUCUGUGGUUUACAAAAGGAAAUAUACACUGUGCCACCUUUUCUCACACCAGGUCUUUUGUCCAUGCAAAAAUAGUCCCUCCUUACCUCAAACAUUGCUAAUUGUUUUCUGUGAUUCGUAAUUAGUCAUAUGGCCUGGUGAUAUGUGUAAAACUCAAAACAGAGAUAAAACUGAAAUCAUAACUAAGCACAGGUGAGUUAAGUUCUCCCUCUUAUUAUUUUCUGUAUUGUGUAAUUUUAUGUGUUCCAUAUUCAGACCCACUUUUACAAUGUCAGCCAGUUCCAAGUUUACUGGGAAGAAAUACAUUUAAAUACAAUUACAGUUCUCUUCCAUUUGAUUACACAGUAGCCUUCCAAUAUUCAUUUGUGGUUUUAGUGGAUUUUACAUUUUAAGUCCUUAAAUGAACAGAAGCCAAAAUAUUAUCUUGCACACCAUGCAGGAGAUUAUUGCCUUUAUCUAAAGUCUAAUGUUUCUUUUUUACUCCCAAGUAUUUGCACCUUCUAUAUCAUAAAUAUAUGGUUGUUUAUUAAGUUGAUAGACACAGUCCACGUUCCUUGUCUAUUUAAUUUGCUUAGGAUUGUGGCUACCAGUCAAGAUGUGCUACAUGAAUGUCUGUAGGACUAUGGUUGUAACGUAAAAUAUGUAUAUGUUCUUGCUUUUGAUAGUUAUGAACUAACUAACACAUGGUUCGCAAACUAAAUGAAAGUGUAACGGUUGCAGAUAAGUCCCCCAAAAUAACUGUUUGACUUUCUGGAAAGCAGAGGUAAAAACCUUUUAUUGGGAAUGCUGGUUCACCAUGCCACUGUAAUAUGGAAUGAAGUGCAUGGACAAUUUUUUAGGAAUGAUACAUUCAAUAGAAAAAUUCAAGUUCUAUUUUAAUCAGGUCCAUUUUAAAAUUUUUAACAGAGUGACAGAAUUGGCUUUGUUUCACCAAGGGUAGGGGAGUUCAGCUAUCGGUUGCUAUCAGUGAGCGAUACACCUCUCAUCCAAUUGGCGCGAGUUCUCUGGUAGUACUCUGUGCCCUGUCAAGUAGUCAAGUAGCCCAGCAGGUGCAGAAGAACACUGCAUGCACUCUAGCACCAGAACCCUGGCACAUGACUACACAUACCACAGCAUACCACAAAAGCUACAAUCGCCAGUUCCAGACAGAGAAGAAAGAAAAAGUUCAGAAAAUAAUGUUUCAGCAAAACAAAAAGUCGGGCAAGUGGAAGAAUGAAGAAUGUAACAGUUCCAUCUUUAUAUUCAUUUCUUGCAGUAGUGGACAUAAUACAGUGACAACAUUUUUAUCAGGAUGCAGUCAUUUUAUUUGCUCUUAAUUUCAACACUAAAGGCACUGGGUUACCAGUACUAUAUGACUUCAAGUCUGGUCAGACCCCAAUGGCCAUAAGAAAAUAACUCCACACACAACAAUGAUACAAUAUCAUUUUUACAGUUUUAUUAAACAAUGUAUUCAGUUGAAAUCACUGCUUUUUUCCUUUAGGUUUUUUUCCUUUUCUUUACAGAAAAGCAAUACUAAAAUGCAAUGGUUAUGUAAAGGCUGCCAUUGCUUUACUUCUAAUAUAAUAGGCAUUGCACAGUAUCUUGGUGUGAUUUGUCCUUUUAAAUUAUUGUUCUACAUAUAGUCAUAUAAACAAUUCACAAUGAAAUAUACUGUAUGCAGGUUAUGAUUGACAAGUGGGACUUGGUGAAUGAGAACUGAAUGGCCAUGGUCUUCUCUUAAAGUAUCCUAGUGGUACUGCCCUCCAAAUUUAAGAAUGAAUAGCCACCAGACAACACCUAGGAUGUGUAGACCUACACAUUCACUGUUAUUACCUGUGUAUCUGUUUCUACCUUUUGAUAUAGUCCAUAUUACAAUAUAUAGCAACAAGACUAGAUGUGUUUAUUUUCAAUGUGUGAUGUAAGUCUUUACCUUAAUUGUCCUUACCCUAUUUGCAAGUUCUUGUAAUUGUAUCGCCAUGUACAGGCAAGGAGGAAGAUAAACCUUGUAUGUCAAGAUACUAAUGAACUGCACCUGUAAAUUCUGGAAAAACUACAGAUGUAAAGUGGGUAUAUAUUUUAUUACUCAAGUACUUCUGCAGAUAAAACAAAGCUGCAGAGCAGGUUUCAAAAGGUAAUGCAAGAAAUUUUCGAAAAUUCAUAUUGAGCAGAUGUAAUUCUGAAAAUUGAAUACAAAAAAAAGCUUAUUGAGACCUUGUUGACCUUACUCCAAAUGCAAUGCUUGUUCAGUACAGCACAGUUCACUGAAAUAAAGUUGUAAACAUUUCAAUGGGGGUGUUGUAACAUUAUUAUUAGAAUUUGUAUUAUUAUUAUUAUUAUUAUUAUUAUUAUUAUUAUUAUUAUUAUUAUUAUUAUCCCUGUCAACAUAAUAGAGGAAACUGCAAAGGAGUAUGAAGAUUAUGUUGUAACAUGUUUGGAUUCACUGUAUAACUGAGGGAAUAAACGUCCAAAUGGACAAAGAAUCAUGUAAAUAAAACUGAUUCUUCAAUAAUAAAAAAUAAGCACUUUACCGCUUCAAA